AUGGAAGUGGCGGAAAAGCGGCUUGCUUUCUUGUUAGCUCAACAGGGCCCACCCGCCGAUGCCGCACCCAUCACCGACGACGCGCCCAUCACCGACGACGCAUUCAUCGCGGACGACAAGUGCUCGAUGGGUAAUGGCGAACCUAUCGCGGGGGACUCGCAUGCGGAGGUGUCUGAAGAGGACGCGCUGUCUCCCCUUGUCACGCUCAACGACGACGCGACCGAACCUGCCACCACGCUCGGCGACGAGACAAUGCAAGUGUUUGAUGGUGCCCAAGGCAAUGCGGGUACGGGUGAGAACAACGACGGUGUGUCCGGCAGCGCAGUGUCCGACGAAAAUGACGCAGCGGGGAACCUCGUCGGAGAUGGUGACGAGCAUGCCGAGACGAGCACGCCCCUGACAGACAACGAUGUUGAAGAUCGAAUGUCGGUGGGAUCGUUCAUGGAUCGGGUCUUUUGUUGGGGUGGUCUCUUAUGGUCAGACUCGCCGACUAGAGAGGGCGUGGACGUCGAAGCAGCAACACAGAUGGCUACGGAGCUAGUGGGGUUCGAAGUCGUCGCAUUUGACCAGGUAGAAUGUCUAUGCGUCUCGUACCCUGCGGAACUAACAGGGGCACAGAACGGCGAGCGAGCACCUAUAGAGAUCAAGUCCGCCCGCCAAUGGGCCUCAAAGUUACGACUGGCGACGAAGAUAUAUACGUCGGUACCAGAAGCGAACUACACGAUGCUCGUCGCGCAGGCCUGGCAUGCCAUCCGGCAUCUUCCGUACGAUAAAGUGCUCCAAAUGAACGGACGCUACGGACUCAUCGGCGUCGUCCGUGCGAUCUACCAGGCGAACGCUAUAGAUCCAGGAGCAAGUGAGGAUUUCCGUUCGAUCAUGUUGGACGUUGCGAAUGCCUUCCGCGUCAUGCGCGCGACCAUCGGAGCCACGCGCGACGCCGAGGCCAUGCCCGGACCCGCGCCAAUCACAGCAGCGUCGAGUACGCUCCUCGAUGUGUUGACGCAGCGCGAUCCCGAUCAUGUGGCAAGGGCUACGGAGGCGAUCCAGCACCUGAUGAGCGGAGACGUCAUCGAGAUCGAUGACGAAGAGGCAGAAGGGGGGUUACAGGUUUUGAAGAAGGGCGGUAGCGGCGGUGGAGGCGGCAAGGCGAAGAAGCUCCCUGCAAAGCGCAAGCCGACAAGCGCGCCAAGACCUUCGCCGAAGCCAAAGAGGAACAAGUUGUAA